UUCUUCUUGGAAAUUAUCACCCAAAACUACACAAUCAAGGUUUUGUUCCAGUUCCAAAAUCGCAAAAUUCGAAGUGAAGAGAUCUCAAAACUCUUUGUUAUCUAUCUCCCUUGACAUGAUUUGUAUCUAAUUUGUUAUUCUCUCCUGAGAUCGACGAGAAUGUGUUUUCUGAAGGUCACCACCCUCGGCUUCUAGCAUAAUCGUUUUGGGUUUUCUCCCUUCUCACAUCACCACCAUUCUAUAUACGUUGUCGGUCGCCUCCGCCGUAACUCUGUAUACUGCAGACAACCACCAUCGCGCCCUUCUCCGUUCAACAUCGUCGCACCGCUGCUCUCCCUUCUUCGUCCACCUCUGAAUCCGGCGUAUCCUGAACUCCGGUUCAUUACAUUAGUUUCUAUGCGUUCACUUAUUUACCAUAACUUCAGAUUUCAAUAGGAAUGGAAAUCCAGUAAGAAGGAAGGAGUCUAGCCUCUGCCUUUUAUUCGCACAUAAGAUAAGAUAUGCAGGUUAUUCUUCAAAGAAAUAUGGACAAAAUCCUAUCAAGGGUUUUCUGCAUCCCAAUUCAGUUUUAUGAUCUACAUCCAUAGAGAUGCUAGCUUGGGAGAGGUGAUAGCAGAGCUUCAAAAUCCAAACAAAACAGAUUGAAUCCAUCAUUGAAGCUCUGAACUUUAGGGAGAAAAGAAAAUGCUUGGUGAUGGAGGGGAAUCCCCUUCUAGGUAUGAGUUGUUGAGUAUGGUGAAGAAACAUUCAAACUUAAUAGGAAAAACUGUAGUAGAUGAGCAAGAUGCUUCAGAUGUUGAAAUGGAUCAAAAGUUUUGGCAUGAUGUUUUAGAUUUAUAUUUCAUUGGUGGAAGGGACUCAAAAGAACAGCAGGAUGAUGAUCUCUUAUUCUUCGUUAGGAAAAUGGGAUUGCAUGGAUAUGGAUUCAAUGAUAAUCUUGAAGGCAACUCCCCUUACUUUGUUCGCAGGUGGGCUGCCAAGUUGGAUGAUUUAGUUGGAGAGAGCUCAUUAAUUAUAGAUUGGAGGCGUUCAUUGUACUUGAACUUAAUUGCCCACACUUCAUAUAGUGUAACAGUUGCAAUUUGCAGUCGUCAGUCUCUUCAGAAUUAUCAGAGUAACCAAGGAACACCACUCUCUCCCAUAUACAAGAUAUUGAAAACAGUGUAUGCAUCUCCAAGCCGUGUGAAUUUCCACUUGGACUCGAGAAAGGAAGUGGAGACAAAACCUGCAUAUCCAGAUAUCUGUUUUGCAGUUGAUGACUUUGAUUCAACCUUCGAUGCUGUGGUUUUGACAGAUACAGACCAUUGCUACUGUGUACUUCUAAAUGCAGUUGGAGGGGCAGCAUUCCCCACUCAAAUCCCACCACAAGAUGAUACUAGUUCAAGUGAAACUGGACAAAUUAAUAAAACUAAGCUUACUCUCUUCUCAGGAUUUGUGAGCUACCAAAUGGUUCGCGAAGCCUAUGAUGCUGGUAAGUCCGGAUUUGGAAGCCUAUUGGCAUUUGGUCACUCUUCUGGCAAAACAAAAACAGACAGGAUAUACAUGAAAGGUCCUGGAGGCCGUGGGGAGGUUGAGGUUGCAGUUUCUGGCGUUGCAGAUCAUAGCCUAGAUGAGGUUGGUUUUGGGUCUCCUCACUCGCCUUUACAUAUAUCAGAAGGAGGAUUUAAGAUUGGUGCAAUGGUGCGAAAAGCUGCAUCUGUUGCACAGGUGGCUGCAAAAAACGCAUAUGCAGCAGCAGCCGCCACAAGGAAUAAUUCAGAUGGCGGAAUGGACAUGGUCCCACUCAAAUGCUGCCUCAUGUCGAUUUCACUUCCUUGGGAACAUAUUGCUCAUGAUCUUCUUUUCAAGCUCAAGGCUGAUGUUUUUCAGUGACUUGUUUAUCAUCUUCUUAAGUUUUUUUUUUUUUUUUUUUACCAAAACAUCUUCCUGCAUGUAACCAUGUUAUUGUAACAUUCAAAACACUCGACUAAUCGUAUAAAGACCAAUAAAUUUGACUCUUAUGUCUUA